ACCCCCAACAUCCAAGAAACUUCUGCCAGAAUGUGUUUUCCACAUGUUCCCUGUUAGUCAUGCUCUCUCAAAUCUGCUCCCAGUGCCACAAGCCGAUGCUAUUCAUUUACUCCCAACCGACACAAGGGCUCGGCAGCAAAAUUCCAGACAGCGCUGCUAAAGCCAGACCCGGAGGCUUGUUUGGAUUUAAACCCCGUGCCUUUCUCUCGCCUGGCGCGUCUGUAAAGCACCUUCCCAGCUCGUCCCCAGCCUUAGAGAGGGGCAGGAGGGUGGGCACAGCCGCUGGGGCUGCGGCAAAGGCGGGGUCUGACAGAGCCUUAAAUACUGCCCAACCGCUGGAGCACAGCUGGACCGAGCCUGCGGGGCUUGAGCCGGGGCAAGGAGGAGGGAUUGAGGCACAGGAAUGUCGGUGGAGGAGGGAAAGCCACCGCGAGAAGCAUCAUGUCUCUGUUAUAACUGAGCAGCCCUUAUGACCAACAUGAGCUGGAGCUUCCUCACCCGCCUGCUAGAAGAGAUCCACAAUCACUCCACCUUCGUGGGGAAGGUGUGGCUGACGGUGCUGAUCGUGUUCCGCAUCGUGCUGACGGCGGUGGGGGGCGAGUCCAUCUACUCCGAUGAGCAGAGCAAGUUCACCUGCAACACCAAGCAGCCGGGCUGCGACAACGUCUGCUACGACGCCUUCGCGCCGCUGUCGCACGUCCGCUUCUGGGUCUUCCAGAUCAUCGUCAUCUCCACGCCCUCCGUCAUGUACCUGGGCUACGCCAUCCACAGGAUCGCCCGCUCGGCCGAGGAGGAGAAGAGGUUCAAGGGCUUCAAGAAGAAGAAGCAGUUCGCCCUGAACUGGCAGGCCGUGCGCAACAUGGAGGAGGCCGUGGAGGCCGACGAGGAGGAGCCCAUGAUCUCCGACGACGCGGCCGAGCACGAGAAAGCCAAGGCCAAGCCCAAGUGCAAGGAGCAGCAGAAGCACGACGGGAGGAGGCGCAUCCAGCAGGAGGGACUGAUGAAAAUCUACGUUUUCCAGCUCCUCACCCGCGCCUCCUUCGAGGUCUGCUUUUUGAUAGGGCAGUAUUUGCUCUACGGUUUCGAGGUGGAAGCGUAUUACGUCUGCAACAGGGUUCCUUGUCCCCACACCGUGGACUGCUUCGUGUCCCGGCCCACGGAGAAGACCAUCUUCCUGCUGGUGAUGUACGUGGUGAGCUGCCUGUGCCUGCUGCUGAACAUGUGCGAGAUGUUCCACCUGGGAUUCGGGACCAUCCGAGACGCCAUCCGCAACCGGAAAAUCAACAGCUUCCGGCAGCCCCCCUACAACUACGCCUACCCCAAGAACAUCUCCUGCCCUCCCGAGUACAACCUGGUGGUCAAAGCUGAGAAAUCCACCAAGAUCCCCAACAGCCUGAUGGCCCACGAGCAGAACUUGGCCAACGUGGCUCAGGAGCAGCAGUGCACCAGCCCUGACGAGAACCUGCCGGCGGAUCUGUCCACGCUGCACAAGCACCUGCGGGUGGCCCAGGAGCAGCUGGACAUCGCCUUCCAGAGCUACAGCAGCACCCAGGCCAACACGCAGCCCUCUCGGACCAGCAGCCCCGCCUCGGGGGGCACCGUGGUGGAGCAGAACAGGGCCAACACCGCCCAGGAGAAACAAGGUGCUAAACCCAAGGCCUCGCUGGAGAAAGGCAGCUCCAGCAGCAAAGACGGGAAGACGUCUGUGUGGAUAUAACUCUGUCAGGAAGGAGAGGGGGCAGCGUGAGCGGGGUUUUGAUUUCGGGUUGUUUCUGGUUUUCGGUGGUGUUUGUUUCGCAGGGCGCGAUUUUUGUGUGGGAGUCGAGAGAGUGAAAGGAGUUUUGGACUGAUUUAGUGCUGUCUUCCAGUGCGUUAACAAAGGACAUUUCUUCCCUGUUUCCAAUGUGUUCUCCAGCUGGGAAUCUCCAGUGAGUAACAGCAAACCCCCCCACACCUCCCGGCCCCUGGGUCACACCAGAGCCCCCAGCAGAGACUGGACAAUGUGCUGUGGUGGGAAGAGGAGCUGCUGGUGGCUCAGGAGGGAAGUGAGGCUGGCAGGGAUCAGCCACCCUCCUGCACGGCAAGGCUCCAGUGCUGCAGGCCAGGCAGUGUUUAAUUACUAAAUACCCUUAAUCAAAUUAAUUUCCCAUCCUUUGGUAAGAAAACCACUGACAUAUUGCACGGACCUUCGUGGCAGGCUCACAGCUGAUCUGCCUGGGCUGGCAGAUGCCAAGGAGGCCUCGUGGGAUGCUGUGAGCCAGAGCUGGCACCCAUGUCAGGUCUGGGGCAGGAACACAGUGACUGCCUCGCACAGGGAGACCUCAAACCACACAGGGCUGAAGGUUUCAUCUUUUCUUCCUCUGCAUCGAAGCAAAUCUGCUCCAAACCCUCCGGAGCAGGAGCGAGCAGUGACAUUGCAUCCUACUGGUGCCUGUGUAGCACUUGCUACAGAUGUGAUGGGAAUUGUUGCAGUUACAGAGUUUUUAACAAACUGCUGCUUCACAUCAUCUGAAAGUGCCUUUAUGCAACCGGGAAAACAAAAGUGUAAAGGGUUCAGGCUCCUUUACUUGCUGAAUUUUAGACGAUCGGCAUCAGGAAGUUUGUUUUUCUGAUUAAUCGAGGAAAAGCACUGUUGGCAAAUUUGUUUUUCUGAUUAAUCAAACCCUUAUAAAUAGUGGCAGGUGGCAGAUCUAUGCAUAGCGUGUCUCUGGUGUGUGUGUGUGUGUCCAUGUGUAGAUACAGACACGUAUGAACACGUGGCUGUGAACGUAGCCGUAGAGGGGUAGGUGUAAAUGUAAUAUCAACCCUCAGCUCCUUCUACAGCCUUCCACCUCCCCUGAGAAAACCCAGCUGAUCAACUGGGGCUGAUCUCAUCCUGGGCUUUUAGCCUCCAGCCCCACCUGGGGAACUGGGUGGGUUCCCACACUUGCUGGGGGGAUUUGCAGAAGAUCUGGCUUCAAUUGGGGACAGGACCAGGACAAGAGCAGGAAGUUUUUCCUGAGUUUAUGAGGGAUUUUUUCCAGCUGGGCUUGACUUUAGGGGUGGUUUUCAUGCACUUACAGUACUUUUGGUGUAUGUUAAAAUCAAGCUGCUGAGCUCCAAGGCUCCUACUGUUCUUUGUCAGAGGGUGGUAUCAUCACCACCUCAGGGAACCCAGGUAGGCAGAGCCUUCAACAUCAAACCUGUUGCAAAAGAAGGAAAUUCUCCCUGAACACUGCACUGUCCCUGUGCCAAGCUGUUCCCUUGGGCUGUGCCAGGAUUUCUUACCCAUGGGAUAUUCAUGGCUUCUCCCUGGACAUCACUCUCAUGUCCUUGAGAUCAGUCCCUAAAAGCCCUGAGGAUGCCUGCUCCCCAAGUGUCCAGCCCUUUGGCCAUUCUUGGGAACAGGCAGAGAUUUUGGAUAUGCCCUUCAUCUCCUGGGAACUUCAGCUGAGCUGCGUGAUGUGUUAGAGAACAGUCCUGGAAGCAAAAAAAAAGGAAAAAAAGUAGAAUUAAAAGGAAAGCAGAGAAACGUCCUAUGAUGUAUCCAGCAGCAAAUAUUCAGCUUUGUGGCUGUGUGUAGCUGUCUGGGGAACGCUUUCAGGCUUGGUCCUGGUCCUGUUGAAGGCAUUGGUAAAAUGCCUGGAAUGCUGUUUGCUCUUGCAGCUUGAGAUUUUCCCCUCACAAACGGGUAACUGGAUCCAGGAGGAGGAUCAGCACAGCAGCAGUCAGUAGUGACAUCCAUCCAUCCAUCCAUCCAUCCAUCCAU